GGAGAAUAUUCUUUGUAACAUUAGCAAUCAGUAUGGACGUUAACAUCUGCUUAAAUUAACUAUUUACAUAAUUAGAAGAAAUGAGAACGAAAUACCUAUAGAUAUAUAUUUUCAGUUCUGCUUUAUUCAUGAUCUCAAUCAAAAACUUAAUAAUCUUCACAACCCCUAUACUAGUUAUUCGGAUAAAUAAUAUUAUGUGUGCUGCACAACAGGGAAUAAUUAAUAUCCUGCGUCAUGGAAAUUCGGUUGCUGACAAAAUUGAUAUAACUUCAUUCUGCUUUUCAUUUAUCAAUAUAUGCCUCAAUCCAAUCUUAUUAUUGUAUAUGUUUGAUAUUAACCUGGGAACACAAUUUCUCAGCAUAAUGAUUAUGUUACAAAUGACAUGUGAAUGGUUUGCUUCAGUUGCUAGUGUAUUGUAUAUAUUUUGUCCAAUUGUUAAAACAGAUCAAAUGUGGUUUAAUUUGAUAUUUUGUCAUAUGUGGAGUAGUACAUUUAUAUACAAUCUAUUCAUUAUGUUCUGUAAGUUUAAUGCUAUGUCAAUGUUGAUAGAACGUUGUUUCCGACUAUUUUAUCCAAAUAAAAACAUAUUCGAUUAUCCACGAACUAUCUUUACAUCUUACUGUUUUGCAAUGAUAUAUAUUACAGCAAUCAAUUUAAGAUUUACAGCUAUGGUACAAAUGGAUUCAGAUGGAGGAUGUGUGGCUGUUGGAAAAAGUCCUAUUGAUGAAUUUCAUCAACAACAACUAUUAGUUUUUGGUUAUUUAUGUUUGGCUUUAUUAUUAAUAUUACCAGCUAUUGUUGUAACAACAUGUUAUAUAUUAAUGAUAAUUCAUUAUAUUCGUAGGAAACGUUCAAAUAAAAAUUUUAAUGGUUUUCAUUUACAUAAUUUGCAAGAUAUUUUAACAUUACUUGUAAUUAUUUGGUCUGCUGAAUCAACAAUAGCUAAUAUACUUGAUAUGGUUUCAUUUUAUGAUUUUAAAAAUUAUGGUUAUACUAAAUUAGCAGAAAUAAUUCAAAGUUCAACUGAAUUAGUACGUACAAUAUUUUUUGUUAGUCGUACACUUAGUUUAUUUAUUUGUAUUCAAUCUAUUCGUUCUAAAUUUAUUGAACAUAUUCAAUUCAUUGGUACCUUUUUUAUUAAAAUAUUUAAACGAUUGAUAAGGAAACAAUGAAAACAAGUGUGUCAUUUCAUUUCAUCUUUUUUCUGUUUUCUUAAAAUAUCAAUGGUUGAGAUCAUGAAUCAAUUGAAGCUAG